AUGUCGACACGACCGACACGCCGGACUCGGCGCACGGCGAUUGUAGAAUCUUCAGACGAGGAUAUGCCUGACGCGCCUCAGCAGAAUGAGGAGGACGAGGACGAUUUUGAGCCUGCGCCGGCGCCCGCUUCGCGCCGUUCGACCCAAAGCAAAAGGAAAACCACAACAACUACCACCACAGCAGAAGCCCCCGCUCCCACAGCGCCGAAGCGUCGCGGGCGACCAAAGAAAAGCAGCGUUGCACCUGCGCCCGAUCCCGAGCCUAGCCAAGCAUUUGAUCCCGACGAGACAGCAGCUACAGCGACGACAGCGACGACAGCGACGACCGCCGCUCCUGAAGAGGACCAAGUCCCAGCAAAGAAGCCAUCUACAAGGACCCGCAAGAGUGUUGCGCCGCGUGCAAACAAGUCUGCUACGCCUGAGCUGGAGCCACCGGCCCCUGCGCUGAAGCAGUCUUCGUCGCCAGCAACUUCGUAUCUACGUCAUGUCCCGCUUGCCGAUAUCACAACCAUCAUGGCCAACGAGCAGCGCAAGCAAGCGGACGAGACGGUUCUUGCCGCCGUAAAACCCAUCAAGGCCAUGGACACCAUUCUCGAGAAGCCCAUGGACAUCAUGCUCAAAUCGCGCAACAUGGCCAUGCCGCUCGUUGAGGAUAUCGGCCCUAAAGCGCGAAUCGUCAUUACCUACCUCAUCCUCACAAACUUCAAGAGCUAUGCCGGUAGACAGGAAGUCGGACCGUUCCACGCCUCCUUCUCCUCGGUUGUCGGGCCAAAUGGGUCCGGGAAGUCCAAUGUCAUUGACUCUUUGCUGUUCGUCUUCGGUUUCCGGGCCAGCAAGAUGCGCCAGGGCAAGAUCUCCGCUCUGAUUCACAACUCUGCCCAGUACCCCAAUCUGGACUACUGCGAGGUCGCUGUGCACUUUUGCGAGGUCAUGGAUUUGCCAGGCGGGGGUCACGAGGUCAUCCCCAACUCGGAACUCGUCAUCUCGCGCAAGGCCUUCAAGAACAACUCCAGCCAGUACUACAUCAAUGGAAAGAGUUCCAACUUCACUACCGUCACUACGCUCUUACGUGACCGUGGAGUUGACCUGGACCAUAAGCGUUUCCUGAUUCUGCAGGGUGAGACGCCAAUCGAAGAGGCAGCCGCCGAAAAGAGUGGUCGGGUCCAGCACGUUGAGAAGGAGAAGAACAGCCUUGAGGACAAAAAGAACAAGGCCCUGGCUUAUCAAUCUGCGCUGUACCAGCUGUAUGAAGCCAUCGGUCAGAUCCAAGCACAGCUAGAUGCUGAGCUUGAGAAGCACCACGGCAGUGAGGUGGUCAUCAAGCAGCUCGAAAAGGCCUAUUCCAAAGGCAGCAAAGAGCUCGAGGCUCAGGAAAAGGCCACUCAGGCGUUGAUCAAGGAGAUGACCAAAUUCGACCAGGAGCGUGUCAAGUUCGACGAGAAGCGCAAGUUCCUUACAGACAAGCGUAAGAAGCUGGAGAAGACCAUUGCCAACUCGGAGAACGCAGAUGCAGAGGCAGCGCAGACUAUUGAGCAGUGUGCCGAAGAAAUUGAGACGCGUGCUCAGGAAAUUGCCGCGCUUGAACAACAGGUCAAGGAGGCGGAGGCCGAGUUAGCCAACAUCCGCGAGAGUCUAAAGGGCAAGACACAGCACCUCUCGGAUCAGAUUGCUGCUAAGCAAAAGUCCCUCGAACCCUGGAAGGAGAAGAUCAACCAAAAGCAAUCUGCCAUUGCUGUUGCCGAAAGUGAAAUGGCAAUUCUCAAAGAGAAGGCCAACGCCGGCGCCGUCGCUCUUGAAGAGAUGGAGGCCAAGAUUGCUGCUAUCGAGGAAAGCCAGGCGGCCAAGGCAAAAGAGUUUGAGCAGUGCGAAGCCGAGAAGGCAGCCCUCCAGAAGGAAGGCAGGAGAGCCGUAGCUGAACUGGAGAAGCUUGCUCAAGAAGAGCCCAAGUUCCGCGCGCAGCUCUCAAAUGCCCGACAGAAAGCUGACGAAGCCCGAUCCAGCCUGUCCGCAACCCAGACGCAGGGCAAUGUCCUUACGGCCCUAAUGCACAUGAAGGAAUCAGGCCGCAUUGACGGUUUCCAUGGGCGCCUUGGCAAUCUCGGCACUAUCGACCAGCAAUAUGAUGUUGCCAUCUCGACAGCCUGUAGCGCGCUUGACAACUUUGUUACAGACACGGUCGAAGCUGGCCAGCAAUGCAUCGAAUACCUAAGGAAGACAAAUCUGGGCCGUGGAAACUUCAUCUGCCUCGACAAGUUGCGAGUUCGGGACCUAUCGCCCAUAGAGACGCCCGAAAAUGCGCCGCGCUUGUUUGACCUGGUCAAGGCCAAAGAGGACAAGUUCCGGCCAGCCUUUUACCACGCUCUCCAAGACACGCUUGUGGCCAAGGACCUCGCACAAGCGAACCGUAUAGCCUACGGCGCUAGGCGGUGGCGAGUCGUGACGCUCGCUGGCGAGCUGAUUGACAAGUCAGGUACCAUGUCCGGAGGCGGCACUACCGUCAAAAAGGGUCUCAUGUCGUCUAAGCUCGUGGCCGACAUCAGCAAGGAGCAGGUCGCCAAGCUCGAGACUGACCGUGAUACACUGGAGCAAAGGUUCCAGGACUUCCAGGAACGUCAGCGGGAGCUCGAGGCCCGUGUACGCUCUCUUAAAGAACAGAUCCCCCAGCUUGACACAAAGAUGCAGAAGAUCAAGCUCGAGGUAGAAAGCUCGGAAAGGAACCUGGUCGAUGCCAAGCGCAGAGCUAAGGAACUCAGCAAGGAGCUGCAGCCAUCCAAGACCGACGACAGCCGCAUCGUAGCCCUGGAGAAGGAGGUUGCGAAGCUCAACAAGGAGGUAGAGAAGCUGCACGGAGAGACAUCAAGCGUUGAGGAUGAGAUCAAGAUGCUCCAGGACAAGAUCAUGGAGGUUGGUGGCGAGAAACUCCGCGCCCAACGAGCCAAGGUCGAUUCCCUCAAAGAGGAGAUUUCGUCGCAGAAUGAGGAAAUGUCCAACGCCGAAGUCCGCAAGGCAAAGGCCGAGAAGCAAAGGGUCAAGCUUGCAAAGGACCAUGCGAAGGCGUCCAAGGAGCUGGAGGCGGCAAUCCGGGAAUUCGAGCACCUCGAGGAAGAGAUCCAGAAUCAAGGAGACAAGGCCGAGGAUUUCACGACACGGGUGGAAGAAGCCAAAGAGGCGCUCGCUGCGAAGAAGGAGGAGCUCUCUACCUUGAAGGCGGAGCUUGAUGAGAAAACGGCUGAACUCAACGAGACUCGGGCUGUCGAGAUUGAGAUGCGCAACAAGCUUGAAGAAAGCCAGAAGGUUCUCGCUGACAAUCAAGAGCGGCUGCAGUACUGGGAGAAGAAACUUUCCAAGCUCGCACUCCAGAAUAUCGAGGAUUUGGAGACUGGCGGCAGCAGCUCAUCCGAGGUUCCCGCGGCCCAAGCUCCUCAAGCUGAAGGCGUGGACACGGACGAAGGCAAGGACGCAGAUGGAGAUACCGAGAUGAUGGACGCUGACGCCGAAGAUGAUACCGACCCUGACGCGCAACUUCAAGCCGAAGCUGAAGCCAACGACACGGCUGACCAGACGAUCCGGCCUGGCCGGCGAAACCCCCUGGAACUCCCGCGGUACACCAAGGACGAGUUGGCAGAUAUGAACAAGGUGACUCUUAAGGGUGAAAUUGCCGCGCUCGAGGAGAAGAUUCAGAACGUCAGCGUCGAUCUGGGGGUGCUGGCUGAGUACCGGCGACGUGUCGAAGAGCACGCGGCACGGUCGUCCGACCUGGCGAGCGCUGUCGCGCAGCGUGACGCGGCCAAGAAGCGAUGCGAUGACCUCCGCAGGUUGCGACUCGAAGGCUUCAUGGAGGGCUUCAGCACAAUCUCCCUGCGGCUCAAGGAGAUGUACCAGAUGAUCACGAUGGGCGGCAACGCCGAACUGGAGCUCGUUGAUUCCCUGGAUCCGUUCAGCGAGGGCAUCCUUUUCAGCGUGAUGCCGCCCAAGAAGUCGUGGAAGAACAUCAGCAACCUGUCAGGUGGCGAGAAGACGCUCAGCUCACUGGCGCUGGUGUUUGCGCUGCACCACUACAAGCCGACACCGCUGUACGUCAUGGACGAGAUUGAUGCUGCGCUGGAUUUCAGGAACGUAUCGAUUGUAGCAAACUACAUCAAGGAGCGCACGAAGAACGCCCAGUUCAUCGUCAUCUCGCUGCGCAACAACAUGUUUGAGCUGGCCGCCCGGCUCGUCGGCGUCUACAAGGUCAACCACAUGACCAAGAGUGUCACGAUCGAGAACCGCGAUUACGUCGUCGGGAGGAACCAGCGGGCUCCUCACGGGCAAGGGCAGAACCAUCCUCAGCAACAGCGCGCUCAGCAGCAGCAAGUUCGUCCAUCUAUCCUUCCGCAUCGCCCGAGAUGA